UGAAUAACAUGUUAACUAUUCCACGUGAAUCUAAUUUAUUUAAAUAUACUAAUGAUGAUUAUUAUCAUAAUCCUCAUAGUAACUCAUUAAUUAAUUACAAUACUAAUCAUCAACAACAUCAGAAUAAUCAAUCAACUCAUACUAUUCUAAAUGAUCAACCAAAUAUUGAACACAAAUCUAUUGAAGUGAUUGAACAUGAAUAUUUAAAUAAAAAUAUCAUCACUAAUACAACAACUAAUAAAUUAGAUGUUUCUAAAGAUAGUCAAAAUUGUUUAACUCCAAUAGUAUCUACCAUAACAUUAACUAAUUUAGAUCAUAAUCAUCAACAUUAUUCUGAUCUUCAAUCAAAUCAGUUAGUAAUUAAAGAUAUUUCCUCUAUUAUUACAUCAUCAUCAUCAUUAGAUACAUCAGUAUCGAAUUCCACUUCAUUAUCAUCUUCUUUAUCAUCAUCAUCAUCAUCAUACAUUGAUUAUAGACCUUCUAAUAAUAAUAUUAAUGAAAAACUUUUUCAUACAAGUGAAUUCUCAAACAAUAUUCAUAAUAAUAAUGAUAAUAGAUAUCCAUUGUAUAAUUUACCAUUUUCAAUGGAUUAUUGUUCCAAUAAACUUAUUCAACAAAAUGAUGAAUGGAAUAGAAUUUUUACUUCAGAGAAAAUGUUACAGAAUACCACUACUAUAAAUGAAUGUUCAAAAGUUAAACAAUCAAAUGAUGUAUUAACCACAAUAAAUUCCACAUAUGAUGAUCAAGCGCUUUAUAGACAAUCUUCAUUAAUAAAUCAUCAACCCCCUGUUCAAUGUAUCAAUGAUUAUCAGAAUUCAGUGUCAAAAACAAAUGAGUUUAACACAAGGCAUUCAAAUACAGAUCAACAAAAUAACUCUUAUAGUAAUUACUAUUUCCACAAUCAGAAUAAUAAUAAUAAUAAUAAUAAUAAUAAUGAGUUGGAUAAGAAAGAAGUACAAAUCAUGAGGAACAAAAAAUCCGAUUUCAUUUUAAUACGUCAGCGUAAUCGACGUAAACCGCGUAUUUUAUUUUCACAAACACAAAUUUACGAAUUAGAACGUCGAUUUAAACAACAACGUUAUUUAUCCGCUCAAGAACGUGAACAAAUGGCAAAUAAUUUGAAAAUGUCAGCACAACAAGUAAAAAUCUGGUUCCAAAAUCGUCGGUAUAAGUUAAAAAGACAGGUUCAAGAUAAAAAUUUAGAAGAAGCUAGUGCAUUACAUCAUCACUUACAAACUUAUUCUAUACCAUUAUUGCAAAAGUCAACGGAAUUAUGUAACCAUGCUACAUCGAUAACUAAUUCGUCAUUAUAUAAUAUUGUCAAUCAGGUAGAUGAUGUUUAUCAUCAAAUUCAAAAUCGUACACAUUUUCCCGAAUUGAAUACAUAUGAAUGGGCAAAUAUAUUUUCUAAAACAUACAAUAACAACACUACAACCUCUGUUACUACCACUGAUAUUACAAAUAAUAAUAGCAACAACAUUUCUUAUUCAAUCGAGUCAGGAUUAUCCAAUCCAUUGAUUAAUUCAGAUAAAACAUUUGAUUCUUUAACUAAUUUCAAUGAAGAUAGAUCUACUAAAUAUUCAAAUCAAUUCUCAUCAUUAUCUAAUUACUCAGAUACAAAAUUAUUACCUCAUCAUUUCAAUGAGAAUACUGUUACAGAUUUAAGUUAUCCAACUUAUCAAACUAGAUCAACUUUACCAUCAUUAUUACCAUUAUCUAGAAUGCAUCAAUUUCAUCUAGAUUUUGAUUCAAUGAAUGAAUCUAACUUUUUAUCAAUACAUAAUGAACAGAAAUUCAAUCAUCCUAAUACUUCAUUAUCUCAAUUUGAAUAUACUCAUGAACAGAAUAAUUCUGAUGAUGAUAAUAAUGUUAUGAAUCAAUUUACAAAUAAUGUUGACAUCAUUGAUAUGAAUCGUAAUAAUAAUUGCUCAUAUAAUCAUAUUAAUGAUUCUUCACAAGUUCUAAACUCUAAUUCUUCAUUAAAUAAUGUAGCUACACAAUUAGAUUUAUCAGUUUCCUUUUUGAAUAAUUUCAAAAAUCAAUCCAAUCAAUCUGAUUUUUAUGAUAAUUAUUUUAUAAUGAAAAAACAUUUACAAUCUUUAUCAAAUUCUACACAAUUUACAUCAACCAUUAAUACAAUCACUACAGAAAUUCCAUUCAUUUCAUCAACAACAUCUAUUACUACUAGUACUACUACUACUACUACUACACAAUCUUCAAAUAUAUCAGAAUCAUCUAUAAAAUUAAAACAAUUAAAUGAUAAUCAUAAUUGGUUAUCAAAUCAAUUUAUUAAAUCCACAAUAAAUGAUUAUACUGAAUUGAAUUAUACUACUAAUAAUUUAUUACCAUUAUCAAUAUAUAAUAAUGAAUUAAAUGAUAAUACAUUUUCAAAUUCUAUAAAUAAAAUGAAUUUACAAUAUCAAACUGUAUUAAAUGUAGCUAAAGCAGCAUUUCAAUAUGAAAAUUUAAUUUUAAAUACAAAAAAACCGCCAUUUACAAAUUAUACAAGUUUAAAUAUAAAUGAACAGAAAAACAAUGAAGGAAUAAUUGAUUAUCAUAAAAAACAAACUAAUAACGACGACGACGACAACGACAACGACGACGAUGACGACGAUGACGACGACGACCAAGAAGAUGAUGAUGAUGAAUGUAUUGUUUAUCAUGAAUACCAAUAGAAUUGUUAUUAUUAUUAUUAUUAUUCAUGAGAUCAUUUUAUUCAUUGAUUCAUUCAUUGAAAAUUGAAUAAAUCAGGGAUAAAUUUAAAUGUUUUUAAAAAGAACAAACAAUUAAAACAAUCUAAUAGAUAGUUUGAAUAAGUCACAUUCAAAUCUUUUUUCCAUUUAUUGGCGUUUUUGUUUUCCUACUAUUAAAAUCAUAAUCAGAAAACAAGUUUACUUAUAUAUAUAUAUAUACAUAGUUAUCUAUAAUUACUAUUGUUGAUAUUAUUAUUGUUAUUAAUAAUUAUUCUUUACAUGGUAUUUGUUUAAUUUUUUUAACUUCCCUUACAUACUACUACUAUUAAUACUACUACCACUACUACUACUACUAAUACUAAUACUACAAUUAGUGAUAGUACUCAAUGUAUACAUUUAUUUCCUGUUUUAACAUUAGUGAACUGAAGCAUUGACUAUCAUUAAUGAUAUCAAUUGAACAUUGUCACCGAUGGUAAUUCAUUGUUCCAUACAUAAAAAAAAGACAACAACCGUGUUUGUUUAAAUUAUUAUUAAACUGACACGGUUGGCUAAUUUAGUUUAUUUUUUACAGUUAUAAUCCUUAUCCUUAUUAUAUUUAAUCCUAUUCGUUCUAUUUCGAUUAUUACUUUUAAUAUUAUUAGUAGUAGUGAUUGUAACAAUGAUAAUAUUUGAUGCAA